UAAUGCUUUGACCCGGCUCUCCCUGCAGGAACCCCAUGGUCACCGGGACGUCGGUGCUCGGUGUGAAGUUCACCGGCGGCGUCAUGAUCGCGGCGGACAUGUUGGGCUCCUACGGCUCUCUGGCUCGCUUCAGGAACAUCUCGCGCCUCAUGAAGGUGAACGACAACACCAUCCUGGGAGCUUCAGGAGAUUACGCCGACUACCAGCAUCUCAAGCACAUCAUUGAGCAGAUGGUCAUCGAUGAGGAGCUGCUGGGCGACGGUCACAGCUACAGUCCUAAAGCGGUCCACUCCUGGCUGACCAGAGUCAUGUACAACCGACGCAGCAAGAUGAACCCUCUGUGGAACACGGUGGUGAUCGGAGGCUUCUACAACGGAGAGAGUUUCCUAGGUUACGUGGACAAACUGGGCGUGGCCUAUGAGGCGCCCACAGUGGCCACGGGCUUCGGAGCAUACCUCGCUCAGCCUCUGAUGAGGGAGGUGGUGGAGAACAAAGCAGAGAUCUCUCAGCAGGAAGCUCGUGAUUUGUUGGAGCGCUGCCUCAAAGUCCUCUACUACAGAGACGCUCGGUCCUACAACAGACAUGAGAUCGCCAUAGUAACAGAGGGGGGUGUGGAGAUCGUUGGUCCUCUGUCCUCUGAGACUAACUGGGACAUCGCUCACAUGGUCAGCGGGUUUGAAUGAAGACGAGCGGCGACUGACGAAGUCUUUCAAACAACUUAUCAUUCUCAGUUUAAUCUUUUUCUGAUGUUCAUUGUAACUUUUGUAUAAUGGAAAAUAAAUGUGGUGAAUCCAAAAA